GACACACUUGCACACGAGAUGCUCCACUUGCUGAGAAAAGCAGAGCGAGAGGCAGCGCAAAGCGAAACACAAUGAUGGGAGCAUUUGCAUCCUAACACCAAGCUGUUCAGCAGCCUUCCCCUCUACACCAGACAAUGGAUUUAGGCAUCCUUCCACAGAAGCACAUGGAAAGAUGUAUGAGUUCUAUGCAAGCUGGGACCCAAAUGAUCAAACUGCGAGGUAGUUCCAAAGGUCUAGUUCGGUUUUACUACCUAGAUGAACACAAGUCUUGUAUACGGUGGAGACCAUCAAGGAAGAAUGAAAAGGCCAAAAUCUCGAUUGACUCCAUUCAGGAGGUGUGUGAAGGGAAACAGUCAGAUAUUUUCCAGAGAUAUGCUGAUGGAAGCUUCGACCCAAACUGCUGUUUCAGUAUCUACUAUGGUGAUCGCAUGGAGUCUCUUGAUCUGGUGUCCUCGAGUGGUGAAGAAGCGCGGACGUGGAUAACGGGUCUCAAGUACUUAAUGGCAGGGAUAAGUGAUGAAGACAGUCUUUCUAAACGUCAAAGGACUCGGGACCAAUGGUUGAAGCAAACAUUUGAUGAAGCAGACAAAAAUGGAGAUGGGAGUCUGAGUAUAAAUGAGGUCUUACAACUAAUGCACAAACUGAAUGUGAACCUUCCACGACAGAAAGUAAAGCAAAUGUUCAAGGAAGCAGAUACAGAUGACAACCAAGGAACCCUUGGCUUUGAUGAGUUCUGUGCAUUCUAUAAGAUGAUGUCCACAAGGAGGGAUCUGUACUUGCUGAUGUUAACGUACAGUAACCACAAGGACCAUCUGGACUCUAAUGACCUGAAGCGAUUCCUUGAAACUGAGCAAAAGAUGAUGAAUGUAACUAAAGAAUACUGCCUGGACAUAGUGGCUAAAUUCGAACCUUGCCCGGAAAACAAAAAGGAAUGCGUCCUGGGAAUUGAUGGUUUCACCAACUACAUGCGGAGCCCAGCAGGAGAUAUCUUCAAUCCGGAACAUUAUCAAGUCAAUCAAGACAUGACCUUGCCACUCAGCAACUACUUCAUUGCAUCCUCUCACAAUACCUACUUGAUGGGGGACCAGCUCAUGUCUCAGUCCCGUGUAGACAUGUAUGCAUGGGUUUUACAAGCCGGGUGUCGCUGUGUUGAAGUUGACUGCUGGGAUGGACCAGAUGGAGAGCCAAUUGUCCACCAUGGGUACACACUGACUUCCAAAAUCCUUUUUAAGGAUGUAAUUGAAACAAUUAACAAGUAUGCAUUCAUAAAAAAUGAAUAUCCUGUCAUCUUGUCAAUUGAAAACCACUGCAGUGUGGUGCAGCAGAAGAAAAUGGCUCAGUAUUUGAUUGAAAUCCUGGGAGACAAGUUAGAUCUGUCUUCUAUGAUGAAUGGAGAUCUGACAAAGCUUCCCUCUCCAGAAAACCUGAAAGGAAAGAUAUUGGUGAAGGGGAAGAAGCUGCCUUCCAGUAUUAGCGAUGAUGCAGAGGAAGGGGAGGUUUCAGAUGAAGACAGCGCAGAUGAAAUCGAUGAAGACUGUAAACUCAUAAAUGGCGAUUGGAAGGCUUCCACCAAUAGGAAGCAAGUGGAAAACAUAGCCAAGAAGAGACUUGACUCCUUGAUGAAGGAAUCCAAAAUCCGAGACUGUGAGGACCCUAAUAAUUUUACUGUCACCACACUGCCACCUACCGGGAAACACAGCCAAAAAGCAGAGUUAAAAAAGAAAUGUAACUCUGGACCUACUGUUGAAAGAUCUCUGAGUAAAAAUGAGGGAGAGCUUGAAUCUGGAGAAGAGCCCAGCCCCAACAAGCGUCAUAGCCGUUCCUUAAUGGGAAGUUUUUCUAAGCACAAGGUUAGGGUUACUUCUAUAUCUUCUAUGGGGUCUGUUCUAGAAGAAGGCGAUGAUAGUCUGGAACGGCAGGGAAGCUUGGCCAGAACAUCUGUACAUUACAGCAGAAUUACCAGGCAAAAGAAGACAAUGAAACUUUCCAGGGCACUGUCUGAUUUGGUGAAAUACACAAAGUCUGUUGGUAUCCACGAUGUGGAAUCAGAAAUCUCUUGCAGCUGGCAGGUUUCUUCAUUUAGCGAGACAAAAGCACAUCAGAUCCUUCAGCAGAAGCCAGCGCAGUUUGUUCGUUUCAACCAGCACCAGCUCUCUCGCAUCUACCCUUCAUCCUAUAGAGUGGAUUCCAGCAAUUACAACCCACAGCCCUUCUGGAAUUCCGGCUGCCAGCUAGUUGCUUUAAAUUACCAGUCGGAAGGAAGGAUGCUGCAGCUGAACCGAGCUAAGUUUAACAGUAAUGGGAGCUGUGGUUAUGUUCUGAAGCCAAAAUGCAUGUGUCAUGGUGCCUUUAAUCCAAAUUCAGAAGACCCCUUACCAGGCCAGUUAAAGAAGCAGCUUGUUCUCCGAAUAAUCAGUGGCCAACAACUUCCAAAACCGAAGGACUCCAUGUUGGGAGAUCGGGGAGAGAUCAUUGAUCCAUUUGUAGAAGUUGAAAUCAUUGGUUUACCUACAGACUGCUUUAAAGAACAAACGCGGGUUGUAGAUGACAAUGGUUUUAACCCAAUGUGGGAGGAAACAUUAGUGUUUACUAUACACAUGCCAGAGAUCUCUCUAAUACGUUUCUUGGUAUGGGAUCACGAUCCGAUUGGACGGGACUUUAUCGGAGAGAGAACAAUUUCAUUUACCAGCAUGAUGCCAGGUUAUCGACAUGUGUACUUAGAAGGUAUGGAAGAGGCAUCCAUCUUUGUUCAUGUAGCAAUUAAUGACAUCAGUGGUAAGGUCAAGCAGGCCGUGGGCUUAAAAGGACUGUUUCUGAGAAACCCAAAGCAAGCCUCUCUGGACAGUCAUGCUGCUGGGCAGCUUCAUCGGAAACAUUCCAUUAGUAGCCACAUAUUGAGAAGAACUGCCAGUGCUCCAACUAAAGGCCAGCAAAAACACAAAAAGGGCUUUCCAGAAAUUGCCAUUGAUUCCAAAGACAACAGUUCAGAAGGAGCUAGCGAAGAUAGAGAGACAGAUGAUUCCUCUAUACCCCGCUUUGAUAAAGAGGCUGAAAGUGCUUCUCCGAUUCUUCCAUCUAGGGACGGUACUCCCACGGAAAUGCACAGCAAGGGUUUGAAAGAUGCCAGACAAACUUCAUUGUGUAGGUCGGUCUCUUCUUUAUGCAGUCUUGAAACCAUUACAGAAGAACCCACCUUUGCCAAGGAAAUACCUUUUCCUGGUCAAAAAGUUAAGCAACCUGCUGCCUCAGUCAAAAAUGAUGGCAGUAAAGGGUGUGAUGAACCCACAGGAUCUCCAUCUGAAUGUCCUUACGCAUCUAGUACCUCCAAUAUCAAGUACACAACAAACAGAUUAAACACUGAACCUGCUGCAGGUAAAAUAUCGAAUGCAUCCAGUGAUCUGUCCACACAUUCAAAAAAUAAUACUGAAAGACUGUACAAGGAUAAGAAUGCAAACACACUCACCAUCAUUAAUGGAAAACAUGAAACCUCACUUACCAUUAAUUCUGCCAACAUGAAGCCAGGGAUGUCUUUAUUAGCUGAUGUUUCAAGAGACCAGGCCAAAUAUUGUCAAGUCAACGAAAACAAAGUAGAGCAAUCGUCACAUCAAAGCACCAGCACUACAGAGGCAAAUAAAAUGAGUAGGUUUCCUGAACAGCAGAUACUAAACAAUCCAAAAAAGCAUUUGUUACCUUCUACAGCUCAGAGACCACAAGUUGACCGUGUGGUUCAACAACCAUCCAUGGCCAGGGUUGGUCCACCUGUACCUAUGAGAAGAACAAAAAGUGAAGGUCAUGUUAUUUCAAACAGCUCAGCCUUGAAAUUGAAUUCUGUGUGCCAGUCUCCAGUAGCAGAGAUUUAUUCUGAUGCCACCAUGAAUGAUAAGAUUUGGAGCAAAUUAGAGUCUAACAGUCAUAGGGAUAGCAUGUCUUCGUCUUCCAGUAAAUCCUCUAAUGACACAGUGAUUGAUCUCUCUUUGCCCAAUUUAGCACAAAAAAGCUUGUUGGAUCUCGAUAUAUCUGAUGAUAACUUUGAAAGCAUUCGUGUAAUAAAUACCAUGCGACCGAGAUCAGCAACAACGUUAGCUCGAGAGGUUUCUUUAGGAGUAACUAAAAGCAAAUCAAUCCCAAAUUUAAUGUCCAACAACAGAGCAAUAGGUGAACUGUAUCCAAAACCUCUGGCCAGAAGUCCUGAGGAGGUACUGCCACCCCUACCGAGACGAAACACCUGGAAUAGACUAUAUAUGGAGAGUCUUAAACAGACAGCUAGCAAAUCUAACUCUAGUAACAAAACAUCCACCAGUCAGUCAAUGUCUAAAAGUCUUGGAGAUCUGACCUCAGAUGAUAUUACAUGCAACUUUGAAAGCAAGUAUAGGAGCAUUAGCAGAAGCUUUAUUACAAGAUCACAGAGAAUGCAAAGAAGACCAAAUGGUACAAAAGCUUCUAGCAAGUCCACAGAUUCGCUCACAGAGCAACUGAAGAAGCUAACUAGUUUUGAGAAAGAAAAUGAUAUUACAUCCCCUACUGAAUUUCAGCCGGUUCAGUACGAGGAUGAUGGUAUGAAUCUUCUUCGAAGAACAUCCUCUAGAAGUCAAAGCAGAGUACGGUACAUUGCCAACAGAGCAAAGCAGGCCCAAGAGCGGCAAAGACUUCAGAACCUAGUAAACAACAAUUCCAUAGAGGAAAGGGGGAAUCCAGAGGGCGCUUGUGCAAUAACCAAAGGGUUCUGUAUGGAUUCUUUUUCACCAUCCCAGUAUACAUCAGAAUCUUUGGACAAGUUUGGACCAUAACAUAGUGCUGUGACUAAAACCUACGUAGCUUUUAUAUUCAUGUAAACAAUGCAUAUGAUAAAGUUGUCCACGCAAGAAAUACCUCGCAAAGGAAAAAAUAUAUAUCUUUAGUUUUGGGACUCAGUUGGACUGCUGAAAUUAUAAAAGCACUUAAAGUACUGUAUAUAUUUUUUAAAUGAUCAGUUUACACUGGGUUUGCAAUAUCCCCCUCCCCAUUGUUUUUGGUCCUGUUCAUCAGUCUGCAAAGGACUGGAUUCUCUUUAAACACUCAUAUUGUUCAGAAGAGACCAUCUCUGAUCCCAUACAGUAUGAUCAACUUUUUCUGCACUGCUUUACCAAUGUGAAAUGUGCUAUUUUUAAAUCGCUGCUGUAUUUAGCACUUUUAAAGUACAAUUGUAUUUUUUUUUUUGCACUGCCAUAUACAGUUUUCCAAAUAUGGUAUGGUUUUAAAACAAAAUAACAUUUUAAAUCUCUUCCUAAUGUAUUAUUGCUGUAAAACAAAACCUUAUAUGUUUUUGUCUAAAAAUGUUCUUUUUUGCAAAAUUUCAUUUGUAAUAUUGUCCUGGAUGUGCAUUUUUAGAAAGUGGUUAUAAAAAAGGUGUUCAUUUGUUUUCCCAACCGGAAAAGUCAUUUUUUAAAGGUCUGAUUUUUUUUUUUUCCUUAAUUAUAUUCUUUGGUUUUACUAAUCUUCAUUACAGUAAACAUUUUAACAAAGUUUGUAAGCCACCAAAAUCUAUUAAAUAAAAUUAUUUA